AUGGAGAAUUUGAUAUCGCUGGUGAACAAGCUCCAGAGGGCGUGCACUGCCCUCGGCGACCACGGGGAGGGGAGUUCAUUGCCUACACUUUGGGACUCGUUGCCCGCCAUUGCUGUCGUCGGAGGGCAGGUCGGUUUCCUGGGUCUCUCUUCUCUCUUUCAUUUUGCUUGCAUUUUAUGUCUCCUUGUGGGAUCUUGCCGCUUUACUCAUUUAUCUGUGCAUUUCUCAGUGGAUGUUACACUGUUCUCCACUUUCAUUGUUUUAUGUCAACUUUGAUUUUGGAUGUUCCUGUUUUUUCCGGGGAGCCCAUGCCUUUGCAUACUUUUACUGAUGGAGCUCGGAUCAUUUGGUUUUCACUCUCGGGCACAUUUGUCUUCUUUUGCCUCUGUAUUAUCUUUUGCAUUUCGUUCGUAUUUCUUUAAAAAAAAUUGGAGCAGGGAGUUUUCUUUCUCCCAUAAGUUUCCAGAUUUCAUCCCACUAUUUCCGUCGCAUAUGCUAUUAAACGAAUGUUGUCCUUCCCUUACGUUUUCAUAAUCGAUUAUAAUCAUUUAUUUCGUAGUCUUCGCUUCUUCUUUCAUAUCCUGCGAUCGGUUGACUUUUUGUGUUCACUUGAGAAAGGGAGUGGGUAAGAGAGAGGGAUAGGGGAGAGAGAGAGGGAGAGAGGGGGAGAGAGAGGAAGGGAAACUGAGGGAGAGAGUAGAAAAGAAGGUAAGCAUAUUAGGCGGUGACCAUCUAACUGUAUUUUGACGCGCAAGAAAGAAAAACAAAAUUUGAUGAUCUUCCUAUAUUGUUUUGGUCAAGAUCAUUGGUUAUCACUUCUUUUCUCUACUCACUAAGGUCAGCAAAGUACUUGUGCUGCAACUGUCAUCAUAAGGCCAGCAUUCUGUCAUUUUCGUGGAAUGAUUCCUUAGUCAUGAGUAUUUUGUCAUUUUCAUUGAAUGAUCGCAGAGUUAAUAUUGUGCGCCAUUCAAACUAUAUAAGAGAGAAGUAACCUGAGAAUUGCCAUAUGGUGUGCCUUUUAAAUGCAUUUUUCUGUGAUAUUUAGGGAGAAAAGAUAUCUUCUGCUGUACUGGACCUUUUGGGUUUGCCUUUUCUAGAGUCCCCGAUAUAAGAGACGUCGCAGAUACCUUUUCACUGGGAUGCUAGUUAUUAAGGGGGUAGUGAUGAAAUCUUUGAAAAAAUUAGCAAGAUGCAAAGCUUGGUCCCGAGUAAAGUAUAAUACUUAAACGCCUGAACGAGGAUAUGAUACUACCUCAUCAUUUAAGGAACAUACAGAUAAUGACAUUAAACCACCAUGGUCCCUGGAUCACUAGAAAAUGCUGAUAUAUAAGUUUCUAGAAAUCAACAUUUUUUUGUCUCACGUGCUGUUUAUUGCGUUAGCAUUAAGAUGUAAGAAUAUCUGAUCUUAUAGUUGUCAUGGUUUCAGAGCUCAGGGAAGUCAUCAGUUCUCGAGAGUAUAGUUGGAAAGGAUUUUUUACCUCGGGGAUCUGGUAUGUCAAAUCACCCUUCUUGCUGAUUAUUGAUGUGUCUUUUUUAACUUCUAUUUGAAUUGUACUGCAAUAUCACAGGAAUUGUCACACGGCGUCCGCUUGUAUUGCAGCUUCAUAAGAUUGAUGAAGGAAGGGAAUAUGCUGAAUUUCUCCACUUGCCAAGGAAACGAUUUACCGAUUUUGGUAAUGAUUCGCUUGGCAUAUAUUUUUUAAAAUUUUGUAUUUCUUUCAUCCAAACUGGUACACUCUAAUAGAAAAAAGGUUUGUUGUCUCUUAUUGUAGAUAUUCACUAUUGUAAAAUAUUUAGUCUACUAUAUGGCAGAAUAACAGAGAGUGAACUUUUAAAAGGGAUUUGAUAAUGUGUAAAAUACGGAUCAACUAAUGGAUUGUAAAGUGACUAGUUGGAAUGUUUCUUAUCAGUGAAUUUCCCUAUCAUAUCGUUCUAGUGAAUAUUAUUUGGGAACAGAUCUCAGUGUGAUGAUAUUUUUCUUGUCUUGUUUUAUUUUUCUUCUAAUGACCAGAUUGAAUUCAUGCAGCACUUGUAAGAAAGGAGAUUUCUGAUGAGACUGAUCGCGAGACAGGUCGCACUAAGCAAAUAUCCAGUGUACCAAUUCAUCUCAGCAUCUACUCUCCUAAUGGUCAGAUUUGUUCUCAAAUUCUUGUUAUUAUCAUUGUAUGUUUUUAUGCUAAUCUAUGUCAACGACUCAGCACAUAUUUGGGUCUUAUCUAAUUGAUUUCUAAACUAACCUUAGAGCAUGACAUUUAUGUAUCUUUCCCCAGUGUUGGAUUGAUGUAAACGGGGGUAAUCCAGUUUCACUGCUAACCGGUGUAAAAAGUUUCUUUUUGUACGCUUGAGACUCGGAUGGCUCUCUUUUGGACUGUUGAAUGAUCUUUAUGGAGAAUUUCCACCUAUCUCAAUGUUUUUGUGAGCAUAGCUGCAUGUCUAUGAUCCGCCAAAUCUGAGAGCUUGCCAGUGGUGCUGAUCCUCUGGAAUAUAUCAACUACAUCUGAGCAAAUUAUCAUCGCAAUUUGAAUUGCAUCAAUGGUUGUAGCUGUUUGAAUUGUAAAAUCGUUAUUGGGACCCUGACCUCCUAGCAGAGGCUGGAGGAAGAAUAAGGCGAAGGCGGAGUACUUCCCUCCUGGAGCAAUUGAUGUGGCUUGUCUGAUCCUUGUCCAGAUUGUAUCAAACUUUGCUGAUACAGUGAUCUGAUUCAAUAUUGAUUUGGGGGCAUCAGUUAUCUUCUCAGUUUGGGAAGUUUUAUAUUUUAUGAGAAAACCUUUGGUUUUUAGACGCCUCCAUUUUCUAAAAAAACAGAGAAAAGACAAUUGUCUGCACUCUAUCAUUUCAGUUUGGUUAUGCCAAGUUAAUUGUGCUGCAAAAUCUUCAUAGGAGAAGGAGGACAAAACAAGCCGUCCAAGGUUAAAGCAUGCCGAGCCCACCAGAGGAAGGAGAACUGAAAGACUUGAAGUAGUUGAACUGAAGUACUUCAGGAUGGGACGUCAGUCUCUAUUUCAUCAUGGGUCUUUAACCCCUCGUCAAUUAGAGAUUCCUGGUUUAUAGAUCUGUAGACCCUAAACUGACUUAGCCACUGCACAAGGAAUAACUUCCUCCUUGAGCUACCUAGUUGGAGGCUCAUUGGGUCUGAUUUAUAAUAAUUAACCCUAGAACAUCAAAUUGGCCUUAAUGCACCUAAUAACGUAAAAUGAAUAAAUCUGCAGAGCUUAAAAUUAAAACCCAAAGGGUAUUAAUACUAUGAUAGCACUGCACAGUAUAUUUCGUCUCUGGAGACACUGUGGAACAACACUUACUGAUACCUUUUGAUGGGUGGGAUUUUUUUUCUCAGAGUUUCCAUCCUUUGUUAAAAUUUCUUGAUACAAUACUGAGUCUGAUGACUAUCUUUUUCAUGCGUUCAGAUACUUUCUUGAAUUUUCAAUUUCAAUAGCAUGGUGUAUAAGUGCAUUAGGACAUCCUAUUGCUUUUGUGUACAAACAUCACACUGUGGAGAGUCAUACCUCAUCAUUUUAUAGAUUUUCCAGUAUAUUACUGAUCAGUAAAUUAUCCUAUUCUGAUUGAGUUUUUGUCAUGACAGUUGUGAACCUGACUCUCAUUGAUCUCCCGGGGCUUACCAAGGUAGCUGUUGGUAAGUUAUUUAUUGUUGUUGAUUGCUUCUUCUACAGUUCGAAUUUCCCUUUUAAUAAAUUUUAACGCUAUGAUUGGAAUUUCAGAGGGUCAACCCGACAGCAUUGUCGGAGAUAUUGAGAACAUGGUUCGCUCUUAUAUUGAAAAGGUAAAAUAUCACUGUGAAUCAUCCUAUCUUUUUUGUUGCUUACAUUCCGAUCAUGAUUUGCACCGCAGCUAGUGUUCGCCUAAUUGAGAAGGUGGCGAUUUGUACAAGUUGUCUAGCCUCCCUAGGCAAGCAGCCCUUCAUGGGCGGCUGCUCACUAUUGUAAAUGGAACUGAGCACGCAGCCAUUUACUUGCAAAUGGCUGUACGCUUGUCUGCCAUUGCAAACAGAAUGAGCACAAGGGCAUUUACACUAGAUUGACGGCAUAUUUAUCUCAUGUCUAGAUUUCAUUUACAAACAACUCUCUCGGUGACCAAUUGUUUUUAAUAAGCACUGAGUACUCAAUUAAUUGUUUGUAUAACUUGAAAUUUUACUUAAAUUUUAUUUCAGUAAUCUUAUUUAUCUUGUACAUGAUGCAUUUAUUUUAUUUGUCAAAAAAUUUCUGUUAUAAUUUGAUUUAAUUUUAUUUUUAAACAUUGACAAGGAUCACCGUAUGCAUCACUUAUGCCACUUAGGCAGAAAGGCAGUAGUUCACCAGCUUAUUCGCCUUGUUCACCUUAAAAAGUUUUAUACUAAUCAACUAUCUUGAGAUUGGAUCGCGGAGGAUAUAUUGUGCAAUAGAAUCUUCAUUGAACUGAACUGUCACGUUAAGUAUUGGAUUCUGAUAACUUAUGCUCAUCUUAGUAAUACCCCAUGACUCAUACCAAAAACCCAUGUCUUUGCUGAUAGAAGUGCGUUUGGCUUAAUUUUCAAUCCCAACAUUGGUUUUGAUCUGUAAGUUUUGAUAAUUUAACUCGUUGCCUGGUUUUCCAUUUACUUCAUCUGAAUUUAUGAUGGUUUUUCAUCGCUACAUUUUUAGGAAAAACUGUCUGCUGCAUAUCUAUGCAUAAUUUGUGUGCUUGAUGUGAAUAGAGUUUUAUUUCUCUAUCUUUGCUUGGUUUGGUGAUCAUAUCAGUGGACACGUUAUUAAAAUUCUUCUGCUUAUUUACCUAGUAAGAAAAGCACGGUCUGACAUACGACUUUAUUUUUAUUAACUAGACUCUGAAACUGCAAUUCAGACUUACUUUCCCAUGCAUCUGGGCUUUCCAAAAUCGUUUGAUACAUUUCUUAUUUCCUCAUCUUGCAGCCUAAUUGCAUAAUUCUUGCAAUUUCGCCGGCCAACCAGGACCUGGCUACAUCUGAUGCAAUUAAGGUUUCUCGUGAAGUGGACCCCAAAGGUAAGCACCUCUAGUUUGCGUUCUUUGUCUGAAAAGUGAUUAAUCAAAAGAAAUCUUCUCAUGGUAAUUAUGAUUCUUAUUUGUUAUUAUUUUUAAAUUGUCAAAAGUUUUAGGUGUUUUCCCGGAUUUUGUUUCUAAUAUAUGUUGUUUUAAGUUGAUCUUGAUAUAGUUCUAUGGUUAUAAUUUUUCAGAAAGUACUGGUGUAAUAACGGAUCGACCAUAUAAUGAAAAAAUUAUGAUAAAAUGUUUCCCCACUUUUGGGACAUUUUAUGCAGUUUCUACUCUUUCUAGUCAAAGGCAAUGAUUUGGUGGAGUCUCAAAUAUGUGGACGUGUCACAAUGUUUGCCUAGAAUCAAUAAACAAUGCAUGGCCCAAAAAUGGGGGUUUGCAGUUAGAUAACUGUGGCAACUGUUUAGACAUGAUAUAGAUACAUCAAGCGAUGGAGGUCUUGAUUGCUACAUUAAAUAAGGCAUCUAGCCUAUCUUUGGUAAAUUAAUUCUAUGUAAAGUGGAUAGGCGCCCAAAUUUUUUUCAUGGUAACAUCAAUUUUUGGAUCAACUGUCCUAUAAUUAACAGAGACUCUGCUAGAUAUUAGUUCUUCUUGUUACCCCUGCAAUCAGUUGUUUUAUAUGACAAGUAGAAUCAACGUUAGUGUAACUGUUUCUGUUCCAUUGAUGCUGUUACAAACAUUACAUGCUCAUAGGGUAGACGGACAAAGAUAUGAUUUAUGCUUGCUCUGCCAAUUGGAUUUCAUAAUUUUGAAGUCUUUUUUUUCCAGGAGAGAGAACAUUUGGAGUACUGACUAAGAUUGAUCUCAUGGACAAGGGUACUGAUGCGGUUGAUGUAAGAUUAUCUUGAUGCCGUAUUUUUAAUCUUUCUGAUGAUGAUUGCUCCAAUUUUCUGAAUUCAUCAUACACUGGUGCUUUUUUAUGGUGGAAUUUUUCUAUGGUGUUGCCAUUCUUACAAGAAAAAACAUCACAUAUAAGUUGUGUUCCAAGUUCUGAUUCACAACAUCGUUUUAUUUUCUUGACAUAUUUUAGUACAAGUGUAUUUUUUUUCUAUCACAUUCCAUGUGAUAUCUAGUGUAGCAUUCAAUAAAAUAUUUCAGAUCUCAUUCAAGUACGCAGUCAUGGGCUUUAAUCCAUCGACUGUGUGCCAGCUAGUUCAUGAGAGGAUUUGGUGAAUUUUGAGAACUUUACAAGUUUUCAGAAUUCUGCAGAAGUGACCUUUGGUCCAUCACGCUUGUUUGUGCAUCCACCUAUAGUUGAAAAGUUUUGUAAAAAGACUGAUGCCGUAAGACUGCAGCAAUGAAGAAUUUGGGAGGAGAGGAUCCCUCUUACUAUCUCGUAAGACUCAUAGGAGACUAGAAUGUUCCUUGCUGCGCGGUCUGAGCUCAUGCCUCAAGGAAUCAACUCUAGAAAUUUAAUCCAUGUGAAGAGAGCAAAAAGCUAUGAAAAAUGCUUAGCGAAAACAUGAUGAAAAAAUAUUUAUUUAUCACGUUAAAUCAUACCGAAAUUAGAGGUGUACCCCAGAGGGAUGUAAUGACUUAAGGGAACUUGAGUGUGAAAUUAAUUGCUAUUGCAAAAUAGUCUAUUCCUUAUAUCUUAUCAGAUCAUUCUUUUUUUUGUUCUAUCCUUUGAUUAAUAGGGAAUUUCAUUGCUAACUCAAUACUUUUCAAUCAGAUAUAACUACUUCUGUGAAAAUUUUCUGUACCCUAACAUCUUAUCUCACUAUAGUAUCGUAUGGUAUGCUUCCUUUUAGAUGUCUGAGGCCGUUUGCCCGUUUGUUCAUCAGGGGCUUGGCAUAACAUAUAAUGUAUCGAAAUUAGUCAUUUCUGGCUUGAAAAUCCUUCAUUCCGGGGAGGCUUUGUGUUGGUUAUUCUUUUUCUUCGUCUAAGAUUUUAAGCAUCCUUGUUACUGUAAUAGGGCAUCUAUCUCAAGUUUUGAUUUUGUAGAUACUGGAGGGUAAAGCAUAUCGCCUACAGUAUCCAUGGAUCGGUGUUGUCAAUCGUUCUCAGCAAGAUAUUAAUAAGAAUGUUGACAUGAUUGCUGCUCGUCGUAGAGAGAGAGAUUACUUUGGAAAUAGCCCUGAUUAUAAGCAUCUUGCUCAUCGUAUGGGUUCUGAGCACCUUGGAAAGAUGCUUUCAAAGGUAAGGGUUUCUCUUUCACUAUAACUGCACUUUAUCAUAAUUUGUUCAUUUUGAUGUCUGGGUACUGAUGUAUGUAUAUCUUUCUGUUUAUGACGAAAUUAGAGAUAGUUUAACUAAUAUGUGCCCUUGCCUUCUGCAGCAUUUAGAAACAGUGAUCAAGUCUCGCAUUCCUGGUAUUCAGUCAUUAAUCAGUAAAAGCAUUGCUGAGUUGGAAUCAGAACUGAACCGUCUCGGAAAACCAAUUGCAGCAGAUGCUGGUGUAAGUUUUCCAGUGGUACAUGUAAAUGCUAACUGUUUGUUAUUUGGAAGGCAAUCUUCCGCAGUUUGUAUUUUUUCACUACAGUAUGCCUCUUUCUGAAGCUAAAAAAUAGCUAGGUGUUGCAAAAUGUUCUUACCAUAAGCCAGAUAAUGCCUCCUAGUUUAUAGAUUCAGUGUUGGACUAUGGAAUGCAUUCAACUAUCGCGAAGGCAGUUAAAAGCUCUGUUACCUUCAUUUUAUUGUGAAUGAUUUGUUGUAAUAUGAAAGAAGUCUGUAUAUGAUCGAGCUCCUUAAAACACUCGUAAGAAAUAGCGUGACAUCACAUAAUGGUUUCUUCUUUUAUGCAGGGAAAGCUGUAUAUGAUUAUGGAGAUUUGCCGGAUCUUUGAUCAGAACUACAAAGAACACCUUGAUGGCAUGUAGGCAUGCAAAAUUUUGUUUCCAUUAGAAUGCCUUUUAUUUCAAGUUGACCUAGUUGUGCAGUUUAUUCCAUAGUACAAAAAUGUUACUGGCCGUUUAUAUUUUGCAUGUUUGUGUUCUUUUAUCAGUAGAUGGAAAAUUUGCAUUUCUGUAUGUUCAACCAAAAAUUUCGAAGAUUCAAGUGAGUUUGACUGAUUUCUCGGUAUCUGUUUUCCUGUAUUAUUCCUCCUGGGGGCAGAGUAGUCGGUCUAUGCGUUGUGGUAACGUCAGGUUUACCGAUUAACUUUUUAGAAAUUAUACCUGCUGUGUUCUGAGCCAUGAUUCCCAGGGAAGUUCACUACCGUAUCAGUCAUGGCUCUUUGUGUGCAUUAUCCUGAUGGGCAGCACCCUCACCCUGCCAGUUACGUCCAGAAAUCUGUGAUUUAUUUACAUGUUGGUGUGACAUGUGGGAAUAGGGAUUUGUACUUGGUUAACAAAGAAAGAGCUAUUUCCGCAGAACCUGUUCUGUUAAUGAUUCAGACUUGACUUUCAGAGCUGUAUGCAUAUUAAUAUCAUGGAAGACACCUUGUGAGUCAACUUUCUCUCUUUUUAAUCGUCUUUGAGUGGCAUGCCUGUGCAUUGCCAUAGGUCAACAUUUUAGAACUUAGCCUUCAUCUUGCUUUUACAAUCUUUGCUUCGAUUUUGUAUAUUUUUUGAUGAUCAUUACUUCAAAAAAUCUCCUUCGUAUGCCCAUAGUCCUGAAUCUUUGUUAACCUUUUGAUAAAAUUGUAUGUGGCACCUCUUUCUGACGGCAUAUUUUAUGAUUAAAUAUUGUCCACAGACGUCCUGGUGGUGACAAGAUCUACAAUGUGUUUGAUAAUCAACUUCCAGCAGCUUUGAAAAGAUUGCAAUUUGAUAAGCAACUUGCCAUGGAAAACGUAAGGAAGUCAAUAACUGAAGCAGAUGGAUACCAACCACACCUGAUAGCCCCUGAACAGGGAUAUCGUCGCCUGAUUGAGUCAUCACUAGUCAGUAUCAGAGGUCCAGCCGAGGCUGCCGUUGAUGCGGUAUGUGGAAAGGAUGUAAAGUAGUGUGCCACAUUAGUCUUGAGAGAUUGGUAUAUUUUGUUCUACAGGUCUAAUCAAUUCCCCAAACUCUCUCUAUUUAUGGUUAUUGUAGGGUAACUACUUUAUUUUAUAUCUGUAGAAGGGUGAUUACAUUGUCUGUUAACUUCGUUUCUUCUCCUACGAAUUCAUGUGCUAGAAACACAGCCUGUUGAUAACCCAGGUAAUCCCGUGCAAUAUCAUAUGUAUGUCCAUUGAUGUAUGAUCCAUUUAGCUGAAGGUAUAAAUGGCUUUCGAGGUUUUCAAGUGGGAUAAAUCGAGACACAAGGUGCUGAAGCAGAAUAUGGAAUACGUAUCUAACUCUGCUAAAGUCGUGAGCGUGAAUUUUUUGAUUCAGAUCUCAAUCUUCAUUGGCGUGGUGCCCAAAAAUAUCUCUUUCUCGGGAUCUAAGAAGUAUCCUUUCUUGCUCAUCUAAUGCUUUAUUGCAUCUCUUGACCUGGUUUCUGAUUUAGGUUUGCCUCGCUCAUCAUUCCUUAAGUUAGUAACAUGAGAAACUUUUCAAUCAUAUUGGUCUCCAUGAGAAUGUGUUCGUGAAUAGAAGAGCCAGAUACAAUUGCUUAUUAGAGUAGACUACAGUGUGAAGGGGACAGUUUUCUGUGGGCCUCGGCGUGCUAUGCCUGUAGUUAUCUGUCUUUUAUAGUAGAUGUUGAAUGUAUUACACAUUUGCCAUGCAAAUUGGGGUUAUAUCCCCAUUUACUGCAAAUACUGUCUUUUACAGUAUGCUUGAGAUGAAUAAAAGUGAAUAUGAAAUAACUAAUAAAAUACUUCAGUUUUGAUUCCCGUGACCUAUUAACAAUGUUUUUUUUUCUUGUUCAGGUUCAUUCCAUAUUAAAGGAACUUAUACACAAGGCAGUGAAUGAAACUGCGGUAGGUUUUGUGCCUUUUAAAUAAUAAAUAAAUCUUAGAAUCAAACUGGCGUUUUUUUUUUCAUUGUAAAGCUAAUAUAACAUGUAUCAAAUUUAUCUUGAGAAAUGAUGUUAAUCUUAUUCAUCUUCUAGAAUGGGAAGGCACCUUGAAUUUUACCGAAAUACCUGUGAUCUUCUGCUUUGUUGGAUCGUUGUCAAUUAUUUCAUUAUGUUAUCUUUAUUUCAAUCUAGAAGGUCUCAUGAUUUAGAUUUUUCUCUUUUGAUUGCUGGUUAACCACAGAAGGAAAACCUUACACGGGUAUUCUGUGUUUUUCGUUAUAGGAGUUGAAACAGUAUCCAUCUCUCCGAGUGGAGGUUGGCAAUGCGGCUUUUGACUCAUUGGAGAGGAUGAGGGAGGAGAGCAAGAAAGCAACCCUAAAGUUGGUUGACAUGGAGUGCAGUUACCUGACAGUUGACUUCUUCCGGAAGCUCCCUCAUGAUGUAGAGAAGGGUGGAAAUCCGACGCAUUCAAUUUUCGACAGAUAUAAUGAUUCAUAUCUGCGGCGAAUAGGUACUCCACCGCUCACACGGGUUUUUCUUGUGGAUAGAUUAGAAUAGCUAUUUUCUGCGAUACUGAUGUGGGAUCAUGGGCAAGUCAAACCUAUCGUUUUCUUACAUAGCCAUUAAAUGCCAUUACACAUAUAAUUGGUCUCUUGCCCAUUCUUAUAUCUGACGAACAUAGUAUCCGAUUCGUACAAAUGUUUUAAGCUACUUACAACACCAGUUUGUUCACAAUUUUCCUACAGACACUGGAUGUGUUAUGUGAAUUAUUUCACUUCAACUUCAAUUUUUCAAUAAAAAGUCAACCAUGCUUUAGUAAUAGUGUAUCAUAUCAGCCCACCCAUCUUCUCUUAAAAGUCAACAAUGCGCAGUGAAGGAAAUUAUUUCGCUGGUAAUCUGACUAUUUUUCCUUGGAAUCCAAACUCUCAUCUGAACAAUGCAUACGCUAAGACACCUAGUAAGGAGGGUAUAAUUUUCCAUCUGUGCUAACUUAUUUCGUUGAUGAUUUUGCCCAGGUUCCACAGUUCUGUCAUAUGUCAAUAUGGUUUGUGCUACCUUGCGGAAUUCCAUUCCGAAAUCGAUUGUUUACUGUCAAGUUCGCGAGGCUAAACGGGCCUUGCUUGAUCAUUUCUUUACCGAACUGGGCAAAAAGGAGGUGAAGUUUCCUACUCUCUCUCUCUCUCUCUAUGUAUACAGGCAAAGAUAUGUAUAUGUAUAAUGUAUAUUCGUAUUAGAUAGAGUGUACGGAAUUUCCGCACCCAAUCUGGGCCAUUGACAACCCUGCAAUCAAUUAAUUUUCAUACAUUUUUUAAAUUCUGCAAAUUUUUCUGUAAAUGGUUGACUAGAAAUGGACGAAAGGGAUUUUUUUUAAAAAAAAACCCAGUGCAAUGCAAUAGUUGCUGAAGUGACAUUUUUAUUUAUUCUAUAUGUGCGUGAUGUCCUUUGCAGGCUAAGCAGUUGGCAUCUCUGUUGGAUGAGGACCCAGUGAUCAUGGAGCGUAGGACGGCCCUUGCCAAGAGGCUCGAGCUGUACAGAAGCGCCCAGGCGGAGAUAGAUGCCGUCGCCUGGUCUAAGUAG